UUGUUGUAAACGUGUGAUACAUCAAAGUGUACGUCGACGACGAAUGCAUAAGCCGCAUUUGUUAUUGAGAAAUAUAUGCUAAAAUAUAUUGUCUCAGAAUUAUUAUAAUGUGCUGAGUUUGCAUUAAUAUUGAAACGUUUUAUUCAUUCUGAGGCAUCUAUAUAAAAUAAAUAAAUAUGAAAGCAAUUUUGAUAACAUUGAUAGUCGCCGCGGCUGUGUAUUCCGUAAGGCCUGAGGUUUUCCUGGAAGAAAACUUCGUAGACGAUACGUGGACAAAUACAUGGGUUUAUAGUGAACACCCUGGCAAAGAAUUCGGCAAAUUCGUGCACACUGCCGGAAAGUUCUAUAACGAUGCCGAAGCAGACAAAGGUUUGCAAACAAGUCAAGAUGCUAGGUUCUACGCUCUAUCUCAUAAGUUCAAACCUUUCUCAAAUAAAGACAAGACAUUAGUUGUACAAUUUUCUGUUAAACAUGAACAAAACAUUGACUGUGGAGGUGGUUACUUGAAGGUGUUCGAUUGCAAGUUGAAUCAAAAGGACAUGCAUGGUGAAAGUCCCUAUGAAAUUAUGUUUGGUCCUGACAUUUGUGGCCCAGGAACUAAGAAGGUUCACGUAAUCUUCAGCUACAAGGGUAAAAAUGUUUUGAUCAAUAAGGAUAUCCGCUGCAAAGAUGAUGUCUAUACUCAUGUAUACACUUUGGUUGUUAAGCCCGACAAUACCUAUGAGGUGUUGAUUGAUAAUGAGAAGGUUGAAAGUGGUAACUUAGAAGAUGACUGGGAAUUCCUAGCCCCCAAGAAAAUCAAGGAUCCAGAAGCUAAAAAACCAGCAGAUUGGGAUGAGCGUGCAACUAUUCCUGACCCUAAUGACACCAAACCUGAAGAUUGGGACAAACCAGAACACAUUCCUGAUCCUGAUGCUACCAAACCUGAUGAUUGGGAUGAAGAGAUGGAUGGUGAAUGGGAACCUGCUAUGAUUGACAACCCUGAAUAUAAGGGAGAAUGGGCACCAAAACAGAUUGACAAUCCUGACUACAAAGGUGUCUGGGUUCACCCUGAAAUUGAUAAUCCAGAAUAUGUUCCUGAUACUCAACUUUACAAGCGUGAUGAGAUUUGUGCCAUUGGUUUGGAUUUAUGGCAAGUAAAGGCUGGAACAAUAUUUGACAAUAUUUUAAUAACAGAUGAUGUUGAUUAUGCAAAGAAAAUAGCAGAAGGUGUUAAAUCUACCCAGGAAGGAGAAAAGAAAAUGAAAGAUGCCCAAGAUGAAGAAGAAAGGAAAGCCAGGGAAGCCGAAACAAAAGAAGAAAAUGACACAGAUGCUGAUGAAGACUUAGAUGAUAAUGCCGAAACACCAGAAGAAGACACACUCGAUGCUGAGCACGAUGAACUGUGAUCUUUAAGUGCUACUCACCAUAAACUUUUCACAUUGGCUUAAUUUAUUUCUGUUAAAUCAUCCAACAUCUAUACAUUAAUUAUUACCUUGUAGAAAAUUGUGUUUGUGAAAAAUUUGUCUCCGUUUACUUGAAACAAUGAAGUGCAUGCCAAUUGUGUAAUAAUCGACUGUGCCCAAAAUAAAUUAUUUAAUUCUUG